UCUUGCCCCAGCUUCAGGAGGAGUUGGAGCAGCGUGGUUGCAGCCCUGUGCCCUUUUCAAGUGAGCUGGUUCCAACUCCUGCUCAUGCCCGUUGCUUUGAAAAUGAUCCUGCUUCUCUUCCUCUUCGGGAGCAUGGAGGCAAAAAAUGUGACUGAAGCAUCUCCAAACAGCACUCCUUUGUGGACAUCUGAAACCACAACACGCUCUCUUUCUUCGGUCUCUGGGAUCCCAACUUUCAACUCAAUGACAACCAGUCUUACAACAAACAAGUUCCCUGAGAUGGGUGAUAACCCUGGGACCCAGACUUUCCUGCUUUUCUCAAUUCCCGAUACAGCCAAUGUGGUGUCCUCUCCUGAAACUUCCCCUGCUGCCAGCAGGGGCAGUCCUGUAUCUGAGUCAACAAUCUCCCAGGAAGAUUCAACCAAGAAGUCAACAAUGCCCAUGAAAAUCCCUGAUGGCCCCAGCAUACCUGGUGUCUCAGUAACGAAAACUAUAGGAUUCCCCACUAUGACUGGUAAAACCAUGGCAACUAGCCCUCUGGAGACCACCAAUGGGACCAGUGAAACCCCUGUCACUAUGGCAACUAGCCCUCUGGAGACCACCAAUGGGACCAGUGGAACCCCUGUCACCAUGGCAACUAGCCCUCUGGAGACCACCAAUGGGACCAGUGGAACCCCUGUCGCCAUGGCAACUAGCCCUCUGGAGACCUCCAGUGGGACCAGCAAACUCCUAUUAACUAUGGCAACUAGCUCUCUGGAGAUCUCUGGUGGGACCAGUAGAUCUCCUGUCACCAUGGCAACAAGCUCUCUGGAGACCUCCAGUGGAACCAGUGAACCCCUUGUCACCACAGCAACUAACUCUCUGAAGACCAUCAAUAUGACCAGUGGAUCCCCCGUCAUCAUGAAAACUAGCUCUCCUGAGAUCUCCAAGAGGAUCAGUGGACUCUUGGUCACCAUGCCAGCUACCUCUUUGAAGACUCCCAUGGGGACCAGUGGCUCCUCUAGCCCUGGAGUAACACCAUCCGGCCCAAAUACCUCCACAAACGUAAGCGGGAGGAACAAACUCAUUCCAGCUCAGGGGGCAAAAGGCACCCUGCUGGUGGCUGUGCUUGUGGCCCUGCUGGUGGUCGUUGUCCUCGGGGCAUUGAUCCUGUUGUGGCGCCGGCGGCAGAAGCGGAAGACAGGAGUCCUGACACUAAACAGGAGUGGAAAACGCAACGGGGUGGUAGAUGCCUGGGCUGGGGUCGCCCGGGUGUCUGAUGAGGAGGCCAUGACAGCAACAGAGGGAGCGUCUGGAGGUAACAGUGACCCUGAUGGCCCCCACAGGGAGGGGUCUGGCCAGCGACCCACACUCACCACUUUCUUUGGUAGACAGAAGUCUCGCCAGGGCUCCGUGGCACUGGAGGAGCGAAAGGCAGGGCCAGCCUCCAGCUUAAAGGCGGAAGAGGAGCCGCUGGUGGGCAACAAGGAUGAGGGUGCAGAAGCCCCUACUUCUAAUGGGCCAGAAGUGAAAGAGGUGAAGACCCCUUAAUGCUCGAGAAUCGCAAGACUGGAAUUCAGAACCAUUCCCACUUUCAUCACCUUCCCUCCCAUCAUCACCAAGAGGUUGACAUCCAACUUCUUCAUCCAUCACCAGCAUUUCCACCCAGCACCCUUUGGAUUUCAAUGCAGCACCUUCACCCUGUCUUCAUUCAGCUUCUUAACCCUGGCUCUUCUAGCCAGCAUCCGCACCCAGCAUCCACCCCCAGCACCGAGACCCAGGGCCUACACCCACUGAACACUUGCAAAACUUCCUCAUCAACCCCUACUUCUCCCCAUCACAUUUUCUCCACAUUUUGGUCCUUGAAACCAGCCGCUGAGUCUCCGGAGAUGCCAAACUCCCUGGACUGAUGAUUUCUCAGCAGAUACCAGAGUCUGGGAAGGAGUUGGCAACCCAGCAAGCUCCCACUUCAGAAUUACUCUGGAAAGUACAUUUGGCCCCAUGGAUUAGGACGUUUGUCCCGGAUUAGCCCAUGAACUGCCCGUAACUCUGGGUGCCCGUGGUCUGUGCCGGGCCGGCCUGGAGCAUGGGCUGGGUGGUGUCACCCUGGGGUGCUUUCAAUGUGUCUGUGAUGGCCCCAGGCCCCUAGACUGGCCCACGGUCCCAGCUGCCACACUCCCCCCACCUCUGGAUGGAGGCGGCCAGAGGCUUCAGUUGUUUCUCCUCCCAAGAGCAGAGGUGAGAAGUUUCUGGGCAGGUGUAGUUCUUAGAAGUCUUGGUGUCUGCGUGGGUCCACUCAUGCGUGUGGUUUGUGUGCAGGAGGCGAGGACUUGGUGAAGUUUGUGAAGGACAGUGGGGGGUAGUACAGACAGUGUGAGGGAGGUGGCAGGGAGGGGACAGGAAGGGCUGGGGAGAUGCCACCCUGAGGAGGUGCUGAGAACAUAGGCGCCCUUGUCUUUGCUCAGAUGGGGUGGAGGUGGAAGAUUUAAUUCUGUCUGUGGCCUGGCUUGAGAGAAAGACUGCAUGUGUGACUGAGCAUGGUUCUUCAACUCAGCCACAGAGUACCCCGUAACCCCCACCCCUACCCCCUCUUCUCCUCCCCCACCCUUCCAGCCACACUCUCCUCCACUUCCCACCCCCCGAUUCUUUCAUCCAUCAUCCCCUCCCCUACCCCCACUACCCCGCCAACGGUCACACUGAGUCCCAGGACUUGCUGAUACUGUUACCCGUUUAAUGUGUUUGUAUGUUCUAUUCCUCAAAGGGGGGGUCAGUGAGAGAGGGAGCUGUGACAAGUCCCAGAACCAGGAGCAUCCCUGUGGCUCUGGGAUGGAGAAAAGGGGACAAGACCCAGCUGCACCAUCUCUGAGACCAGCUCAGGCUAGUGCCCUCAGCACCACGUGGACCCGGAGGCCGUUGGUAUUUCCCCAGGGCAAAGAGGAAAUUUGCAAAGAGGAAGUUGUUGAGUUAAGAGGAGCAGUGACCAAGAGCAGACGUACUGACCUAUAAAAGGAGAGGGCGAGGGACACCAUGGUGGUGUGACUGCCAGGUGGUUUGGAUCAGAGGGGAUGUGGGAGAGGGGGAAAAGGCUGGGUCAGUCAGUUCAUGGGAGGGUGGGGGAGAGAUGGGGAGAGAAAUGGCGGAAAGUGGCCAGGGACCCACCCAGAAUUGUGCCACCCACGCCCGGGCAAGCAGGGGUGGAAAUCUAGUCUUCCCCACACAUGUCUGGGUGCCUUUUUUUUUUUUUGGCCAUGCCGUGCAAGCAGGAGGAAUCUUAGUUCCCCAGCCAGAUAUGGAACCUGCACCUUUUAUCUAAAUAAAAAUAAUAAUAAAAUAUUGAAAAUACU